AUGCAUUUUAAAGAAAUACCGAAGCGUUUUGAAGUGAAAGGUGGAACCGCAAGCAUGGAUUUCAAGAAGUACUUCGAUGAAAUAGAAAAUAUAGCAAAACAUGAAAACAUAACUGUUGUAUAUAAAAUUAAGUUAGAAGUAGUAAAACCAGUGGAUCUAACAAAUAGAAAAAUAACGUCAAAAAAGUUUAAAUCAAAAAAAUACAAUAUACCGUUAAAGAAGAAUAGUAUGAAACUUUCAAACUUUGAAGUGAUGUUGAGAAAGAUGGCGGAACAAUCAGGCCACGGUACUAAUCAGAACUAUGAGAAUUAUAAUAAUCCUGCUGUUACCACUGAAGCAGACAAGAGAGUGUCGUCGUCGAAGCCAAUACAAUUAAAAUAUAAACCUAUAAUAUCUAAGUUAAAGACGAACUAUACAAAGAUUAUAAGGCCCGUAAGGAACAGGGUUAUAACUUUGACUCGUUAA